AUGAGAAUUUUGAAUGGUGUUGAGAUUUCUGCAAAUGGAACUAUUAAAGCGCCGGUAAGCAAGAUUACUGAAGAUUCAGAAAGUGAAUUAAAAAAAAUUAAAUUUCAGUGCGAAAUGUUUACAAUUCGUCAGGAUCUCAACAGCAGUCUCUACAAAUUCCAGCAAACUUCUGUAAAUGUGGUGUUGAUCACAAUUUCCACUUUCAUGUUUUGCACUUAUAAAUGUGGGAAACCUAUGAAUUUUUGAUGAGAAUUCAAGUUUUUCAGAUUUUCGAAAUAAUUUACAAUGGGAAAUUGCGACUCAUAAAACCGAGUUAUUUCGUCACAAUUGGUUCGCAAAUCAAACCGAAGUUGAGCAAAGAUUGGAUAUUAUUUUUGUGAGUUUUUUGUGGAAAAAAAGCGAUUCUGGUUCUCAAUUUUAAUUAUGAAAAAAUUUUGAAACGUAUAAAAUCCAGGCGAUGAAUUAGUUAGCUAUGAAGCAAUUUUUUCUCGAAAAAAAAUGUUCCAAAGCUUGAAGGUACCCCUAAAACAUUUAAAAUUUCCAGGAAAACCGCCACCGUGAUUCCUCCUCAAAUCCUGCAAAUAUCUGGCCACGAAAAGACAAUCGUAGAUCAAAAGAUGAAAUCAUCGAAUUAAUUCGUCGAAAAAAAUUGGGACAAGAGGACAAUAACAGUAAUUUACUUAUUUUUUCUCCAAAAAUUUCUAGUUUUUUCAGUUGAUAAACUCGGACUUCUUCCGCGUGAUAAACUUGCCGUUUUCUCAAAUAUCAUCGCAAUUCGAAUCGAACUCUAUAUCCUUCUAGUUGCAAUCAUUGGAAUUUGGCUAUUUUCAAUGGGAUUUGUGAUUUCUGUGAGGCUGAGUUUUGUUUCAAGCGACGCGGUUUCUGAGAAUCGUUUGACAUCUGUAAAUCAUACACAAGCAAUUUUGGAGAUGUUUACUAGAACAAACGAGAAAAUAGGGCAAAAUGCGCUAACUUAUUGUACUGGAGAUUAUCAAGAAAUGAUUCAUAGUUUAUCGACAUUUGCAUUGACUGCUGCUGUUGUUUUUAGUUCAGAAACUGAAUUAUCACAUCUGUAAGUUAAGAUUUUGAAUUUCAAAAAAUAUUUAUUCGAAUAGGUUGAACUCUAUACUUAUUAUUACAAACCAAAUUUCUGAAACUUUUAUAAUUUUCCUUUGACAUAAUAUAAGAUAACGAUAAAAUCAUUGGUGAUAAAUGAUGAAGCAUUGAAUAAGGAACAGAAUAAACCAUUCCAAAUUCAUUACCCAAAUCUUUAUGAAUUUUGCAAAUUAAAGUGAUUACCAUUAUUAAUACAUGAUAAAUUGAGAUAGGUAAAAAUUGAUGAACAUAAAAAAUAUGAUCUUUAUUAUUUUCAAUUUCAAUUUUCUUGAUAAUCUUGAAAAUGUGAUAAUAUAUUGAACUCGAGAUUAUUGAGAUCAAUAAUAAGAUACUGUAUUGAAAAUAUAUUAGCCAAAGAUAAUCUGGACAAAUAGCUGUUGGUAUUGCUAAUUUACAACAAGUUAUUUUGAAAAUAAUUAGUGAUAAAGAGGCUAUCCAGAUUAUAUAAACUGAACAAGAUUUCAAAAAAGUGUCGAAAAAAUAUAGGAUCUUUGAAUUACUGUAGUAUAAUAUGAGUAAUCUUUCAAUAGCAAUGAUAAAAGUGAAAGUAGAUGUUAAAAGUCCUGAUAAAUCAAACAUAAUUAACCAAUCAAUGAGGCAAAAAACACCGAAAACAAUUAUUUUGAACGAAGGACCAUCUUUUAUAUCAAUUAGUAGACCAGAAAUAGUUGCACUAAAAUAUAAAAUUGAACACAAAAAACAAAUGAAAUAUAUAUUUCUGAAUUUAUAGUCUAUUUUUCGAGUUUUUUGGAAUUUAUAAAUUCCCAGAAAUAAACAAGAAAUAAUUGAUAAAAUAUCACAUAUUAAAUGAGAUAAUAGAUAAUAAUGUAAUGUUUCAAACUCUUCUAACAAUGUUGCAUUUGUCAUAAUUUUUGUCUUUUUUUCUGAAAAAGUUGCAGUCAGGUGCAAUUUAUGUUUAUUGUUUGUUACCUCAUUGAGUUUCUUGAUGUUUUGUUCCCGGAAAAUCUAGUUCCUGGAAAUUUUGCUUAGGAAAAAUUAAAGGCUAUAGUGUAGCCUAAUGAACUUUUUUUUAAUUUUGAAUCCUUGACAAAAAAGUUUUUCCUAAAAAUUAAUGUAAAAAAUCCCAGAAAACCUAUCACUCCCAAAAAUCUAAAUUUUUCCAGAGUUAUGCUAACUCUCGAAUACAUUUUCAUCUACGCUCUUCUCAUCGAAAUCGCUAUCAACUGUUUCUAUCCAACCAUAAAAUAUCCAACAGUUCGACAAUGUCACAGUAAGUGUCACAGAAAACCUUCUGAAAUUCCAAUUUUCCUAAAAAAAAUCUUGUAGAACGAAAAAUCUUCAUGUACGGUAGCUCAUUCAAAUUCAUGCAACUAUUUUUCCUCGGCGGAAUUGCCAUCAGCAUUUGUCUCGUUUUCAAUCAAAGACUUCGUGAAUAA